UGUCAGGAGAUAGCUGGGUGGCAGGGACAGGGGGAGAGGGGCUUUUCUCUGUGGCCACCUGGAAAAAGCCAUGUAAGAUCAGUGGCUUGUCAAGAAAGAAAUACAGAAAUAAUUCGACUUAAUGACAAUUUCAUCCAAAUUUGUAACACCCAAAUUUAUUCUGGAGGAAGCUCAAUCCAAGAAGAAGACGACACCGGAGUAAAAAGGACAAACUUAAGUUUUUUUGGAAAGUGUUGUGCGCACCGGAGCUUCAUGGACACGCGUAGAAAUCCACAAACCAACUCCAAAAGAAGAACCCCCCACAAGUUGAGCACCAAGGAUAUCUCCAAUCAGUUUUGAUGUCAGGUGAAGGUGAGGUCAGACUGACGGAGCUUUUAUCUUUAGCCAGGUAACAGACUUAAACUUUACUUUACAUAUCGGUGCGUAAUUGCGCAGCGGUGAGGCAUGAGUGGAGGUCGCUUUGAGUUUGACGACGGCGGAGCUUAUUGCGGAGGCUGGGAGGGAGGCAAAGCCCACGGCCAUGGCAUUUGCACUGGACCCAAAGGCCAGGGGGAGUUCUCCGGCUCCUGGAACUACGGCUUCGAGGUGGUGGGAGUCUACACCUGGCCCAGCGGAAACACCUACGAGGGGUACUGGUCGCAGGGGAAGCGUCACGGCCUGGGAGUAGAAACCAAAGGACACUGGAUUUACAGAGGGGAAUGGACUCAUGGCUUCAAAGGGAGAUAUGGCAUCCGGAUCAGUGUUGGCAGUGGAGCAAAGUACGAAGGAACAUGGAAUAAUGGGCUUCAGGAUGGAUAUGGAACAGAAACAUAUGCGGAUGGAGGUACUUUCCAGGGUCAGUUCACAGGUGGGAUGCGGCACGGCUAUGGGGUCCGUCAGAGCGUCCCUUAUGGCAUGGCAGCCGUUGUCCGCUCCCCUCUCCGUACCUCCCUGACCUCCCUUCGCAGCGAGCACAGCAACGGCACCGUCUUGCAGCAAGACAUCCCCGUCAUCACCACCACCAACGCCUCAGGUGAGGAGACACCCGUCGCAACCCCUACCCAGCUGGGACCGUCCCGUGGAGGCUUUGCCCUCACACUCCAGGUGGACCCAGAGGCUGUGAAACCCAAGAAGAAGGGCUUGUUCCGCAGGAGCUCCCUGCUGGGUAAGCUGAAGAAGUCCGACUCAAGUACCUCGCUGUCCAGCCAGAAGAGCAAGAUCAGCUUCCUGAGGACGGAAUCGGCUCUCAGUUCCAACGCCAGCGACACCAACAGUACCAUCAGCAUCGGGGACGAGAGCCUGACCGGAGCCGAGGAUUUCCCCCCAGUGGAGGCUGACAUUGACGCCACCACCACAGAGGUCUACAUGGGCGAGUGGAAGAACGACAAGCGCUCAGGAUAUGGAAUAAGCGAAAGGUCCAGCGGGCUGAAGUACGAGGGCGAGUGGCUAAACAACCAGAGACACGGCUACGGCUGCACCACUUUCGCUGAGGGAGGGAAGGAGGAGGGCAAGUACAUGAACAACAUGCUAGUGAAGGCCAUGAAGAAGAGGGUGAUACAGCUGAAGGGAACCAAGAUCAAGCAGAAGGUGGAGCGGGCGGUGGAGGGCGCUCAAAGGGCUGCAGCCAUCGGCAAGCAGAAGGCAGAGAUCGCUGCUUCCAGGACAGCCCACUCAAAGGCCAAGGCAGAGGGAGCUGAGCAGGCCGCUCAGGCCUCCAACAGUGAGUCCAGCAUCGCCAGACUGGUGGCCAAAGAACUGUCCCCCUCCUUCUACCAGCCAGGUCCUGAGUAUCUGAAGAAGAGAGUGUUACAUGAGGCCAUGGAGGGAAGUGAGAACACAGAGACUGUCAUGCAUGAGCCGCUGCUCGCUGAGGAGGAGCCCCUGCCCACGCCACCCGAAAGCCCACUCAUGAAUGAACUGGACAGUCUCAUGCCUGGCUCAUCCCCAGGCCGCACCCCCUCCCCCAGCCCGGGUAUCAUCACCAAGGAAGAUCCAAAACUCCUCAGUCCAGGAAGCUGGAACGAAGACAAAACUAUCAAAGGAGGUGGCAGUAAAGGUGGCAGUAAACCCAACAGCAGGCCCAGCAGUCGCCCCACUACCCCAGCAACUUCUGUUUCUGCUACUGCUCCUGCUCCUGCCCCUGCCUCUGCCUCGGCUGCACCUGAGAACGGAGCGGCCCCCAGCAGUCGCGGCCCCUCUCGCACCCCCAGUCGGCAAAGUGCCAAGAACGAGCAGGGCUCUGACCUGGAGAUCAAGCCCCUGCAGAAGUUUGACUCCGAGGCGAAAGCUCCAGACGUCGCUCCUGCACCUGUUGCCUCUGUAAGGAAUAGCCUCAUCUCUGCAGAUGAAGAAGAAGAAGCACCGCGCCCCGCCUCCAAAGUGCCCGCCAAAGCCAUCACCCCCGAGCCUAAAACCAUCGAGGUCAAAACUGAAAGAGCUCCAUCCGUCCACGAACGAGCUCCGUCCGUCUCUGAGAACAAAGUGGAGCCCAGGGCGGUGAACAGACCGUCCAGCAAAGCAGAGACAAAGCCAUUACCAAAGCGGCAACCCAGCCCAGCUCCAUCCCCAAGACCUGCGCCCAGUCCUGAACUGAAACCAGUACCAAAGCCAGUGGAAGCCAAACCCAUUGUUGCCAAACCAGCCCCGAAGGUGGAGCCCAAAGCAGAAGCCAGACUGAGGGCCAUAGUGUCGAGCUCAAGUCAUGAGCUGACUGCAGACUCUUUGGAGCUGGAGGGCCCAAACACCAUAAUGAUCUGCAUGGUCAUUCUGCUCAACAUCGGCCUCGCCAUUCUCUUCGUACACAUUUUGUCAUGAGACAUCGUCCACCAUCUCAGGUCACCAGCAGUGUUGGAGAGAGUCAGCCUGCCCCCUCCUCAGUUAGGACCAGAGAUCAAAGAUGACCGCUGAGGAGAAAUAGAAGCCUCACGCAGACCGCCGCGGCCCCUGUAAAGGUUUUCGUUGGUGUGACUGUGUGAGGCUCUGUGAAGCUCCUCUCUUUCCAGAGGUUUGACAAACUGAAGGACACGAAACAGAUUCAGAACAUCUGAAUACGAUGAUGUUUGUAUGUUAAAGUCGGGGCUGGAUGGUAGAGCAUGUCCUCGGUGCUUACGCUGGAGAAGCAGCACUCGAGAUGUCUCAGUUUAACUUUGCCACAGUGUGUCACAAGUGUGUCAACAUCUUUGCAAAAUGACAAAAAAAAGAGGCUUUAAACUCAAUCCUUAAUCGGCACGCUCCGGCUGAUUAGACAAUCUCAGUAGGUAAAUACACUUUGUCACAUAUGUUUGUUUUAUGAUGAAAUAUUCUCUCCACUUUGCCUUAAACUUGAUUGUUGAGACACAAAUUCAACUGCAGCAGAUGUGUGACAGAUUUAGGAGUUAUAAGUGUCAUUGUUUUAAUCAUCUGCAAUGUUCAGUGUGUGGUUAGAGAGCUGAAGGAGAUUCAUUAAGUCUGAAUGUGUCUCAAGAACAAACUGUAAUCCAACGCUACUGUAAAGCCAGUAUAUUGUUUUCAUCUUAUUGCUCCUCUGUCUCUUAACUCCUCUCUAGAGUAACAUUUUGGCUAAUUGCAUUUGAGACUGGGGUGUACUACACUGUGAAACUUUCUAUUUUCACUAAUGCAUUUAUUGACAUUCUGCUGCUUUGGUUUGGGAGCUGAUAAACCAAAUAAAUAGAGAAGGAAAAUAGGAAGCUUAUGAGUGUCACUGUACUGUAUGUCAUGCAAUGCUGUUUUGGCACCCAGGUGGUUUUAAAUGGGUUGUGUAUGUUUUGCAAUAGAACGAGCAUGCAGAAAACGAAGGGUGGGAUUUAUCUUAUUUAAAGCAAUCACUGUAUGUUGUUGGUUUCUCAGUCUACAGAUUUAGCAGCAGGAAGCGGGUUGCGAUGGCGUGUUUGCCUGUGAGCUACUCGUAGUUUCAUGUAUGUUUCAGUGUAGUAAACUGUCCUCUCUGUUCCACGCUGCCUUAUAUUCAGGGCCUGUUGUGCUUUAGAGCCAAAUAUGAGUUCAACUUUUGUACGCAUGAGGGCACUUUGUGUGUAUGCGUCUGUGUUUUUGUACCGUUUUGAAGUGCACGUCUUUUUCAGCAUUCAGCAUAUUCUGUUGUAGGCAAAACACGUAACCCUAAAUUUAUUUAUUUCCCAAAAAGAAGUCAAGAUUACCUCGUGAUUGUGAGAUGGAGAAAAAAAGCUCAAGUGGUUCCUAACUCCAUGUCUUACACUGAGAAGAGCGCUCUCCAGAAUAUUCUUCCUUUGUUCUUUGAGCUGAAGUUGUUUUUGCGUUUGCAAAUGAACACACAGACCGCUGGUUGUGCAUUGUUUUCAUGCCAAAAAGGAAAAUAUACAAAAAAAAAUUAUCAUAUUAGAAAUACAUUUUUGCCUGAUAGUUGAUCCUAAAUCUACAAAAUGCAUUUAUUAAUAAUAAGAGAAGAGACAGUUGUCAGAGGAACUCAGUGAUAAGUGCAAUAAAACUUCAUGUAGGUCAGUGUCAUGUAAAAGCCAUUUUGUUUUUGUCUGUUUUAGUGCAUUUAAUAAACCCAAGUAACAUUGCUGACUUUGAAGAAAUGCAUUUGUGUAGCCAAACCUGGUCAAAAUUACAAAGAUGAAAAUAAAAAAACUUUUACAACA